GUCACCGAGGAACUUGAAGGUCUUGUCCCGCUCCAGUACAGCCCCAUCGAUGUGGAUGGAGGCGUGCUCGUUUCUCCGUUUCCUGUAGUCCACGAUCAGCUCCUUUGUCUUGCUGACAUUGAGGGAAAGGUUGUUGUCCUGGCACCACACUGCCAGGUCACUGACCUCCUUCUUAUAGGCUGUCUCAUUGUUGUCGGUGAUCAGUCCUACCAUUGUCGUGUCAUCCGCAAACUUGAUGAUGGUGUUGGAGUCGUUCGUGGCCACACAGUCGUGGAACAGGGAGUACAGGGGGGGGGGCUAAGCACACAUCCUGAGGGGCCCCUGUGUUGAUGUUCAGGGUGGCGGAAGUGUUAUUGCCUACCCUCACCGCCUGGGGGCGGCCUGUCAGGAAGAUCAGAAUCUUGUUGCAGAGGGAGGUGUUCAAAAUUCAACACUUUGUCCAAUAUCUCAAGAUACAGUGGUCAUGUUGUUAUAUUUUCAGGGCUGAUGUAGAACACGGAGAUUAUUCAAAUAAAAGUAAAAUACACACACCAGGGGUGGUAACAGAAUAGAUAUAACUGGUAUUUUCGUGAACAAAAAAGCAGAGUUACUAUUUACCAAUUAGUAACAUUUUGGCUGUAUAUAUCACAGGUAUGUUGUAUUUUUAGUAGCCCAACUGAUUAAGCCUAUAGAGACAAAUAAUACCUCCAACCUUGUGCCCUUGCCACCUGCAUGCGCGCACACACACGCCACACAACACACACAUUGCUUAACACAAGACACAAACUUCUCAGCAUCUGCACACAUUUACACAGCACUCCCACCAUCACACACACCAGGGUUAGAAAAGCUGAUAAAACUUACUGUUAACUUCCCCCAAAAAUCCUAUUGGAAAAUAAUGCUUUUUAUAUUUAUUGCUGGAAAUACCAGUGCAUUGAAAUACAUUUGACCAUCAGCUUAUUGGUCUAUAGGUUAAUUUGCAUAAUGUAGUGGAAUUAAAUUGCGCUGUGUGUAUUUUUAUCCAACACAACUAUCAGCGCACAGCAUACAGAGCCUGUUUUGAGCACGAUUUCUCCUGCAGCUCCUAAACUGGUUGCUGCUGGAGUAAAACGUGCGCUUUUAUAACCUCAUUCAUUGCGCAACAAUUCUAAAUGCAAUCGCAUGAUAAAAAAAACGUUUUGGUGCAUGAUUAAAAAUACCUAGUAUUGCCUCCUAUUUACCAUUUCAGUGCAGGCAACAAGCUAACAGCGCAUCACCCACCACUUUACAAUGAGAGCUGGGGGGCAGUAUGCAUUUUGAAAACAUACUUAAUUGUUUGAAACCUGAAUGUUUUAUUUAUGAGGCAUGUUUUACCUUUAUUCAAAGUAGCCUAUAGGGAAAAUCCGACCAUGGAAACGUGGAGGCAAUUAUUUUAUAAAGACUUCAUAGGCGGCGCAGUGAGUUUCGAGUUUGAUUAAGCUUAGGCUACAAUUUAUCCUACAAUUUCUACAGUUCUGCUUGCCCGUUCUGAUUUUAAUUUACGCAUUUUCGUGGAACACCUUCAUUUCAUUAAUAACGUUUUCGUUUCUCAAAGUCAUUGUCACGUGGUUAGUCAUACAAAUAUGACUUAAAAUGAUACAAAUCAAGAAGUUAAAAGUCAACUAAUGCGAGAUCAUCAGCCUCUACCGUAUGGACACAUUGUGUUCCGUUGGUGGCUAAAUAUGUUAACUCGUAGCCUAUAGGCCAAUGCUGCAUUGCUUUUUCACACUGAGGAUUGGUGAUUAUGGAGGGGGAGUUUGAUGGAAAGAUUUUUCAAAUAGCUUACUUUGAGAAACUAUAGUUUUAAUAUAUUAUCAUUUGCAAUGGAUGUUAAAACCUUUUUAAGCUAGGGGGCAGUAUUUUGAUGUUUGGAUGAAAAACGUGCCCAAAGUAAACUGCCUAUUUCUCGGGCCCAGAAGCUAGAAUAUGCAAAUAAUUGGCAGAUUAGUAUAGAAAACAAUCUAAAGUUUCCAAAACUGUCAAAAAAUUGUCUGUGAGUAUAACAGAACUGAUAUUGCAGGAGAAAACCUGAGGAAAAUCCAUCCAGGAAGUGCUGUUUUUCUGAAACUACUCUUCCAUUGCAAUCCUCCAUUUAAAGGGAUAUCAACCAGAUUCCUUUCCCUAUGGCUUCCACAAGGUGUGAACAGUCUUUAGACAUAGUUUCAGGCUUUUAUUCUGAAAAAUGAGCGAGAAUGAUCACAUCGUGUCAGUGGAUAGCCAGAUGUCCUCAGAUUUAUGCAUGCGCGCGCGCCUGGAGCGAGACCUUUUCUUUCUCUCUUCUAUUGAAAAUGCUACCGUCCGGUUGAAAUAUGAUCGAUUAUUUAUUGUAUAAACAACCUGAGGAUUGAUUAUAAAAAAAUGUUUGACAUGUUUCUACGAACUUUACGGAUACUAUUUGGAAUUUUCGUAUGCCCGUCGUGACCGUAUGAGCCUGUGGAUUUCUGAACAAAACGAGCCAACCAAAUGGAGGUUUUUGGAUAUAAAGAGAAUCUUUUUCGAACAAAACAAACAUUUAUUGUGUAACUGGGAGUCUCGUGAGUGCAAAUAUACGAAGAUCAUCAAAGGUAAGCGAUUAAUUUGAUUGGUCACGAAAGUCAGAAAAGCAAUCUACUUUGCCUGCUAGCUGUUUGUGAUGCUUUGUCUGCUGAGAGCUGUCCUCACAUAAUCGCAUGCUUUCACCGUAAAGCCUUUUUGAAAUCUGACACGCCAGGUGGAUUAACAACAAGUUGUGUUUUGGUAUAUUGCACUUGUGAUUUCAUGAUUAUGAAAUAUUUUUAGUCAUUUUAAUUUGGCGCUAUGCAAUUCGCCUGAUGUAGACAAAUUAUCCCACUAAAGGGAUCUGUGUGCCAAGAGUAAAAAAAAAAAAAACUCUCCUACAUUUCUGUGCAGUGGUGGAAAAAGUACUCAAUUGUCAUACUUGAGUAAAAGCGAAGAUACCUUAAUAGAAAAUGACACAAGUAAACGUGAAAGUCGCCCAGUAAAAUACUACUUGAGUAAAAGUAUUUGCUUUUAAAUAUACUUAAUUAUCAAAAGUAAAUGUAAUUGCUAAAAUAUACUUAAGUAUCAAAAGUACAAAUAAGAGUAUAGAUUGUUUCUUAUUCCUUAUAUUAAGCCAACCAGACAACACAAUUCUCUUGUUUUUAUUUAUUUAUGGAUAGCCAGGGGCACACUCCAACACUCAGACAUAAUUUACAAAUAAAGCAUUUGUGUUUAGUGAGUCCUCCAGAUUAGAGGCGGCAGGCAUGACCAGGGAUGUUCUCUUGAUAAGUGUGUGAAUUGGACCAUUUUCCUGUGCUGCAAGGCAUUGAAAAUGUAACUAGUACUUUUGGGUGUCAGGGAAAAUGUAUGGAGUAAAAAGUACAUUAAUUUUCUUUAGAAAUGUGAUAAAGUAAAAGUUGUCAUAUAUAUAAAUUGUAAAGUACAGAUACUCAAAAAACGUACUUAAGUAGUUCUUCAAAGUAUUUUUACUUAAGUACUUUACACCACGCUCCCUCAACGUCAUCAGGACAGAGAAACCAGACACAUGCUCAUUGCUCACAUGGCGCACUCCGAACAAAAGACAAUGAAAAAAUGGACACAUCUAGUAAAUUAUUGUUAUGAAAUAAGCCAAAACCAAGUGUAGCAGGUUGGGAACUCUGCAAACAACGUUUCCACUCUGAGAACGAGAAUGGUAAAUGACUGUAAUUAAUAUAUGCAUUGACAGAAAUUAAUGUGCCCAAAUUGCGGGCUUCCAAAAAAGGCAUUGGCCUAUAAGCUUGUGAUUUGAAACAAUCCACAGCUAUUUGUUUAAAGAAGCUAAUGAUCCUCGAUUCCUUUGCGGCUAAGUCAUGUUUUCUGGUGAAGUAUUUGAUUUAUUUCUGUAUAGAAAGGAGUAAUUACACUGUAUAGAAAGAACAAAAUGUAAACGCAACAUGCAACAAUUUCAACAAUUUUAUUCUGUUAUAUUCAUAUAAGGAAAUCAGUAAAUUGAAAUAAAUUCAUUGGGUCCUGAUGUAUGGAUGUAUGGACCUUUCGGUUACUGGCCCAACGCUCUAACCACUAGGCUUUCCGCCCCAGUAGCCAUUGAAGGUGAGCAGGUGAAGAAGCCGAAUGUGGAGGUCCAGGGCUGGCGUGGUUACACGUGGUCUGCGGUUGCGAGACCAGUUGGACGUCCUGACACAUUCUCUAAAACGAAGUUGGAAGUGGCUUAUGUGUGGUUGCUGACAGGCUGUGCCUGGUACUGCGAGAGGCUCGGGGAGCUGGGGCCAGCGGCCAGCACUGAAGCCAGCCAUAGGGCCUGCCAGGAGAGGCUAAGGGACCUGGUGAACAGGACCAAGAACAGGGCCCUGGUCCACAUCGCAUGCCUGGAGAACCAAGCCUCCUGGACCAAUGUGGAGCAAGCUUUUCUCAAAGUGACAGAGGGCCUCAACAGUCUAACCAAUCAGACACUGAGAGGCAAGCUGGAAGUGUGUAUUUCAUUGGUGAAGAGUAUUCCUACGAUAGUGUUGGAACAGUCCGACCCCCUGCAUCACUCAUCGUUCCCCUCGGUCCACGCCUUUAUGAUGCUGGAAGGAACCAUGAACCUGAGCCUUGAUUGGUCUAGAGCACGGUUUCGUAAAUAUUGGUCGGGACCCAAAGUGGGCCCUGGCCAUGUGAGAGGUGGAUCUCGAGUACGUAUCCCUGCGCCACGCUUUGUGUUGGAGAUCUGAAGACGUGUUUCACUGGCCUCAUAGUCACCAGAGGGCACUGAAGAGCUUGAAGUGGACCGCCUUCACCAUCCUCGAGGUACUUCUCACAAUGAAGGCCGGAUAGUUACAGGAUGUGAAUGUUUUAUUUUCCUUGGAGCCCGUGAACCAUCUCUCAUCUCUAGAUCCCCCCAUGUUCUCCUCAGACUGAAGAAGUAUCCCCAGGGAGAGAAUGUACAGUACAGAUAUAGUGACUGAGUUAUUCUCUUGACAUCAUAACAAUCAAUGGUUAUAAUGUCUGUUUCAAGUUUAUUUACCAGUAAAAAAUACAUUGGUCAUAUUACUCAAUCACCACUGAAUGAAAUGAAUGUAGGCUAGUGAAUACUGCUGGUCUAGUCUCUGUCAAUCUGCAGCAGGACUUAAUGGACGACGUGAACAUUGCCUUUAAAUACCCUCUGAAGCUCACACCACUGCUGGACAUGGCUGACCAGCAAUGCAUAGAGGUGUGAAGGGCUGCCUUAAUCAACCUCCUUGUCAUCGGUGCCUGGGAAGCAGUUGUUGGCAGUUAACUGCCUUGCUCAAGGGCAGAACUUCAGAUUUUUCCACCUUGCCGGCUCGGGGGUUCUACCUAGCGACCUUUCAGUUACUGGCCCAACGCUCUUAACCGCUGCGACUGCAGGAGUGUAAUAAACUGGGUUACCUGUCGGACUCCCAACACCACCAACCUCACUUCUAAACGUGUAUUUUUCUCUCUCGUGUAACCUUCGGGGUGAGGACAGGGUGUACUCCCCACGGCUGAAGACUGCAGAAAAUGCCAACAUCCAACCCAGGCCUCAUCCUGUGAGCCGAGCCCACCGUCACCAACAUCCUCAAGGUCCUCCUUCUUCCCAUGCCAACCCUACCUAGCCUUAAAGUCAGCAGGGUCAUGAUGUUCACCAGGAGGUCCAUUGGAAAAUGUGUUGCUACGACAGUGAAUGCAGACCACUCCCAAGUCUCCAGGGGGCUUGCUGGUUGUGCCGUGACACAUGCUGUCUGGAAAAAGCCUGGACCCCCUCCUGGCUGCAUAUCGCAGCCACGGGAAAACUCACAUCCUUUGCCCGGAUGUUCAUCAAGCUGAAUGAGUUUCUGAAGCACUUCAGUGGAGAAGGAUUCGUCCUCGGUGCGAGCCCUGCUGUUCGACAUAUCCUUCUUCAUGCAGUGUCACGGGUUGCAGACCUACGGAUCAGAAGUUGGUCUCACACCUAGUACUAAUGCUAUCUAUCAUAGGGAUGUAGGUGAUCCUGUCGGACCUCAGCCCCUCGGAGGAGAGCAAGACCCUGAACCCAGACCACCCCUGCUUUAGGAUGGAGUCGGGCAAGGUGGAGAGCCUGGUGGCCCUCCUCAACAAUGCCACUGAGCUGAAGCUAGUGUGAGUGAUAUUUCACUCUAGGGUCAGAAUCAGACUGGCUUUGUGUUUCUCAGCUGCUGGGUGAAAAAGGAGGAAGGAACAAGCCCAUGCAAUGGUUAAAAUGUUGUUCCCCAUGUUCAUUUUUUUAUUCUAUUUUUAAUUUAUGAGCGUAAUUUAAACCAGUGAGUCCUUUCUGCACCUUCUCUUUUCCCUCCUAGAAAUCUUGGCAUGACUCAUUGUUUUCCUGAAGCUGUACUGAUUGUUUUGUACUGCUGUGUGUGUCAGUCAAAUGAAGUGGCACGAAAUCUGCCUCAGCACACCUGCAGCCAUCUUGGAGGUGUUGAACGCCUGGGAGAAUGGUGUGCUGUAUGUGGAGGCCGUGCAGGUGAUUCCAGUAUUGUGUGUCAUGGUCUAUUUUGCUCUCGAAACCAUGUCGACAGUCAACCGUUGAACCACAAAAGUGAACUUGCUCUUGCCGUAGUGGAAAAUGAGUCAUAGCAUAUGACUGCUGGCAUCAUGACUUGAGGUUGCAUGUGUGCUGUUUUUAGUCCCUUCCUCAUUUAAACCAUUCAUAAAGUUAGGUAAUUUGUCGUAUGAGUGGCCUGGAAGCAUGUUCAGAGUUCACACACAGUGUAGAAGAUAACAGACAACAUUAAGGGCAAGGUGUGCAUCAUGGCUAUCUGUGCUGUGGCCUGGCUGGUAGCCCAUGUGAGGAUGCUGGGGCUGGACGAGAGGGAGAAGCCCCAGACCAUGAUACGUCAGCUCAUGACCCCGCUGUAUGAGGAGAACACACUGCAGUUCUACAACGAAGGGUACACACACACACACACACACACACACACACACACACACACACACACAGAUGGAUGCUCGGUACACACACCAGACCCGGGUUCAAUACAUGUGUAUUUGAUUAUUAUUUCAUAUUUAUUUUCUGUGUGAUUGACUAUUUUCAAAUAAUGUGGCCCAAAUCAACUACUAUUGGAAGUAUUUUUGAAUAAUAUCCUAUAAAUAAAUAGCUUACUAUUUGAUUGUAUUUGAAAAUACUAUGGUUAAAUGCAUAGAAGUUCAUUUGAGUCAGUCUUUUUGAGUGUUUUCAAAUACAUGCCAAUACUUUCCAAAUGUAUUUCUAAAUACUUUCCAAUAUUCAACUACAUAUUUGUCUAUUCAAAUAAAAUAUAUAUGAAUACUUCAAAAUGUACAGUACCUGUUAAAAGUUCAGAACACUCAACUUUUUCAUUCAAGGGUUUUUCUUUAUUUUGACAAUUUUCUACAUUGUAGAAUAAUAGUGAAGACAUCAAAACUAUGAAAUAACACACACGGAAUCAUGUAGUAACCAAAAAGUGUUAAAACAAAUCAAAAUAUAUUCAUAUUUUAGAUUCUUCAAAGUAGCCACCCUUUGCCUUGAUGACAGCUUUGCACACUCUUGCCAGUCUCUGAACCAGCUUCAUGAGGAAUGCUUUUCCAACAGUUUUGAAGGAGUUCCCACAUAGGCUGAGCACUGCUUUUCCUUCACUCUGCGGACCAACUCAUCCCAAACCAUCUCAAUUGGGUUGAGGUCGGGUGAUUGUGGAGGCCAGGUCAUCUGAUGCAGCACUCCAUCUCUCCUUCUUUUUCAAAUAGCCCUUACACAGCAUGCGGAGAUCAUCCAUUCACCUACUCUGCGUCUCACGAAGACACGGCGGUUGUAACCAAAAAUCUCAAAUUUGGACUCAUCAGACCAAAGGACAGAUUACCACUAUACUAAUAUCAAUUGCUCGUGUUUCUUGGCACAUGCAUGUCUCUUCUUCUUAUUGGUGUCCUUUAGUAGUGGUUUCUUUGCAGCAAUUCAACAACGAAGACCAGAUUCACGCAGUCUCCCGAGUGGCGCAGCGGUCUAAGGCACUGCAUCUCAGUGCAAGAGGUGUCUCUACAGACCCUGGUUCGAUUCCAGGCUGUGUCACAACCGGCCGUGAUUGGGAAUCCCAUAGGGCGGCGCACAAUUGCCACGUCGUCGUCCGGGUUAGGGUUUGGCCAGGGUAGGCGGUCAUUGUAAAUAAUAAUUUGUUCUUAACUGACUUGCCUACUUAAAUAAAAAAUCUAGAGUAUCCUCUGAACAGUUGAUGUUGAGAUGUGUUCAUUGAACUCUAUGAAGCAUUUAUUUGGGCUGCAAUCUGAGGUGCAGUUAAUUCUAAUGAACUUAUCCUCUGCAGCAGAAGUAACUCUGGGUCUUCUUUUCCUGUGGCGGUCCUCAUGAGAGCCAGUUUCAUCAAAGCAGUUCAAAGCUUUAGCUCUGUAUGGAUGUUGCCUGUAAUCGAUGGCUUCUGGUUGGGGUAUGUACGCACGGUAACUGUGUGAUGUGAUGCAGAUACUGGGACGAAGAUGUUGUCAAUGCGCUAGUUAAUGAAGCUGGUGACUGUGGUUAACUGCUUAAUGUUUCGAAUGAAUCCCGGAACAUAUUCCAGUCUGUGCUAGCAAAACAGUCCUGUAGUGUAGCAUCUAUGCAUCCGCUUCAUCGGACCACUUCCGUAUUGAGCGCGUCACCAGUACUUUUUGAGUUUUUGCUUGGAAGUGAUUUGCCAAAUGGAGGGCGAGGGAGGGCCUUGUAAAGAGUAAUCUAGAGUUUUGUCACCUCAUUGCACAGGUGACGUGCUGCCUCUCGUUCUUCAGGUCGGCAAACAGCUGGAAGAAGUAGUAGUAGUAGUCCGUUUUCAUCUGGAGCAUGUUGCCACUCAUCAGGUUGAGGAGGGACAGGCAGCGGUCCCAGGAGAUCUCCCUGACGGUCUCCACCAGGAAGGGUCUCAGUGGGUAGGAAGUCUCGUUGCAGGAGCAAGUCCGGUAGAAGCAGGUGAUCACAACGUCCUGCAGCUGGUGCUCUGUUGCCACCUCCAAGGAGACCACCUUGCAACAAAGCAUUAAGACAAAAACCACAUUGGCCGGGGCAAGGGUGCUCUGUUUCCCCCAGCCAUGCCCAAGCAGGAAGCGGUCCACACUCUGCAGCCACAGUCCUGGGUCAUUGGGACAGGUUCUGGAGCCGGGAGCAGUGCUUGCACAGGAACUAACCCAGGCAACACAGUGGCUCGCCAGUGGAGGCCUGGACCAUCACCCUCUUGGGUGUGUCAGGGCCACAAAGUGGGAGCCUUCUUGACCUGCGAGGAGGUGUUGUCAGAGCCCUUUACUAGGUCUGGGGUGCUCUGAUCCUGGGUGAGAGUGGACAGGUUGGUGCAUGACUGUGGCUUCUCCAGGUUCUCGUUGUUGAGGUGUUGUUUUGGUUGUUCUAGUUAGGCAGCACCUUCUUGGAGCACUUUUUCCACUUGAUCUUGAGCGAGCGGCGCUGCAUCUGUUCUUGUAUUUGGCGUUGUUGCUGUACUGAACUGCCAUGUCGUGCCCCACUACAUUUUCCCACUUAUUCAACGCCGUUGUGCAUCGACAUUAGGUUUAUGUGUGUUCGUAAAUGUGAGAAAUAUAAUACAAUUGAUUUGUUCCUGUCUUGGCUAAGUAAAUGACUUGUGUGGCUGCUAGUGCUAGGAAGCCUAUUGUGUUGCAUUUCAGUCUCUCCAUUUCAGUCUUUAGUCCAGGUGACGAGGUUCUUGCUCUGCUGCCAAUUGUUGGUUCUCCUUUUCAAGCCAAGUUUCAAGGUCCAUAUACGGUAAUGCGUCAGUGCACUGAGCAAAACUAUCUAGUUGCCACUCCAGAAUGGAUUGAAGUACACCAACUGUGCUAUGUAAAUUUGUUAAAACCCUGUUAAGCACGUUCCUUUGAUGCUGAACAGGGGGAGUCUACAAAGGACGGAAAACCUGUUCUUUUGACUGAUACCGUUAUUUCGCUGGGUUCUUGUCAUGCUAGGUCUGUGCAUGGGGAGGAAGAUGUUCCUGGUCCCGACGAUUGCAUACUGCAGGGUAGAUUGAAAAGACAGUCUUCUCACUCAACUACCUGUUGAUGGGCGGGAAGAGAUGGUCGGUCUGAUUCAGAGAUUUCUAGGUUUGUUUUCUGAUACACGUACAAACUUAGUAGAACACGUUAUUGACGUUGGAGAUACUGACCCCAUUCGUCAGCGGUUCUAUAGAGUUUCUUCAGAGAAACUACAUUGUCUGGAUGCUAAGGUCAGGUACAUGCUGAAGAGUGAUAUAGCAGAGCCUUCUUUCUCCAGUUGGGCUUCUCCAUGUAUCUUGGUCAAUAAACUGGAUGGGACAAACAGUCACUAAGCCAGAUUCAUUUCCUCUUCCUCGGAUAGAGGACUGCGUUGAUCAAGUCAGAGCAGCUAAGUUUGUGAGCAAAUUUGACCUGUUAAAGGGCUAUUGGCAGGUGCCACUGACGAGUAGGACACGUGAAAUCUGCCUUUAUUACACCCUCUGGUCUGUACUCUUAUUCGAUUGAGUUUUGGCCUGCGUAAUGCUCCUGACACUUUUCAGCGACUUGUGGACAGGGUGAAUGUCCAUGUGACUGACCACUGUUAUUUUGUGUUUGGUAUUUCGUCCUGUUCUAUUGCUCCUGUCUGUUCCCUUCUGGUCUCGUUUUCUUCUUUCCUCUUAAAGGUUGCUUCUUGUGUGCAAAGGUUGCUGAGGUCUGGGGAGGACGAGGUUUGCUGGGGAAAGUGGAAGUGUGAACACGUACCCCUCAUGGAUUUGGUACGCAGGCUGGGUCAAUUUGGGAAGCAAGCUGGGUCAAUUGGUUUGUGAUUGGUAUGGUGUUCCGGGGUCCUUGUUGGUCCCCGGUUUUAUGGGGGGGGUCCUCAUACCCUCCCACUCUGUCUGACAAAUUAUUUCUCUUUGCUCUUGUUUUCCUUAAUAGAAUGUAAGUAGGCGGAGCUGGGAGGGUCAUCAGCAACAUGGGACACACCUGGGUCCGGGUGUGUCCCAGGAUAAAUGCACCACUUCCCCAUUCAUUGAGGAGACUCUCUCCAUGUAGACACAGAUUUUGGUUCUGGCAAUUUGCGUUGGCACCUUUCAACACCCCUCAUUAUCAUUUAUGCACGCAACCACUCACUUACACUACUGAUUACUGACACACAUGUCAUUGUUAAUUGUAUUUAGUUUACUUUAGUUAAUAAAUAUAUUUUGUUAUUCAUU